AUGCUGGACUUCACGGCCAACGGGGCCUCCAACUGCGGUGGGGGUCCCGGUUCGAUCCCCCCGCCGGCACAUCCCGCGGCGUCGAAGCACCACCAUCCGCUGGCAGAGCUCACCUCCCGGUCGGCCAUCUACUGGCCCGGACUUCAGGGUCUCGUCAGCAACCCCAUGGCGUGGCGGGACCGACUCACCUCCAUGGGUCCUGGGAACAUGGCGCUAGUCGACAAAGAUGGGAAGAAGAAACACACGAGGCCGACAUUUAGCGGGCAGCAAAUAUUCGCGCUGGAGAAGACAUUCGAACAAACCAAGUACCUCGCUGGACCUGAAAGGGCAAAGCUUGCCUACGCGCUGGGCAUGACUGAGUCACAAGUCAAGGUCUGGUUCCAGAAUCGGCGGACAAAAUGGCGGAAGAAGCAUGCUGCAGAGAUGGCGACGGCAAAACGUAAACAGGAAGAAGCCGAGGGGUUGGCAGACGGCGACGGAUCAGACAGGGACGAGGACGACCUCGGUGUCAGAGGCAACGCCGCCAAACGGCUGAGACGGGAACUGCAGGAGGAAGAACUCGCCCGACAGUGAAAGGGACUUAAGAACUACUGACGGUGAACCCACACGCCACGAGUGACCACGUGAUGUGAUGUGAUUCCCAUAACCUGACAUUAAAAGCCGGUGGAGUAAAAGACAAUGAGACGCUGGCUUUUAUCCUAUCACCAAUUUAUAAAUCCAGUCUAAUGCAGCAUGACACGGAAAAAUAUUGAAAUCAGUAUAUUUAUACAGGGUGUAACAUUUAAAACGUAUGCGAACAACAAUCACGUACAACAGUACAGAAAUUGUUUCUGAAGCAGGGCCACAUCGUGUAACAGUAUCUACGAGAGUCAAGGUCACCGUAUUUGCUAGGCCGAUGCUUACACCAGUUGCGUCGAAAUCGUAUGUGAAACAUUCAGCAAUACGUGUCCUGACGAGGAAUAACCUAAUGAAACAACGUAACACCGACCGGUAACAACACUUCGGGACACAGAAAGUGUUUGUCUGUGUACAAGCGAACAUCGAGCGCCGAUUUCAAGUAGUGCAUCACUUACGAGUUACAUACGCAACGAUUAAUCGGUUUUGUCGUUCUGUGCGUGAAGGGAGUGGCUAUAUUUAUAGUAGUUAAACUUACGUUUUAAUUAGAACACUCUGUAUGUGAAAACGUGUCUACAGAAUACUGAACUGUGGAAUACAUUGAUCAGUGACGUAAAAACCGAGAGAAUAAGAGACCGGUAGGCACUUAUUCAACUAUAAAAACAGAAUGAUAAAUACAAUUAUGUUUCAAAGUGCAUAAUCUACUUCGGAGAAAGACUAACAUCUGCGAGCAUCUGCAAGGUGUCAAUUUAAAUUCGAGUACACAGGUAAUGGAUCUAGGAAUCCAAACUUCGUAAUUAACAUGAGUUUCCAGUAUCAAAUGCCAGCUUAAUCAGACGCAAAUGUUAAACAAAAACAGACAGCAAAUAGAAGACCUGAAGCAGAUACUGGCAACGACGUAACUAAGAUAUUUAUUACAAUAAAUAAAGACGGUUUUAAAACAAAACAAAUUACUUUGCGUCCAAAGAAUCACGAAUAAGCAAAACACAAGAAAGUGACAUAUAAUUUAGGUGUAACAUUUGUUGUAACUUACAGUGAACAGUAAUGUAGGAUAUUAUAAUUUAUAAACAUUAAUCAGUUUAUGACCAAGCUGCAUGUAGGGGGACUAAAGAUCUGUUUCAAGAAUUGGUUACAAUCGGCGUUCACUGAUGAAGUUGAACGCAAUUAUUACUUAUCUGCUGCAGGCUGCAACCUACAUGACUCACGGCUAAGUGCUACGUGGUUUUCGCGAUACGAGUCAAGCAUUGCUCCAUGAAAAUAAUUAAAUCAAUUUAGAACAGAGGUUCCAGCCGGGAGCCGGAAAAUGACAGAUGCGUUCAACUUUGUCAGCGAACGGAAAAUAAAACUGCUCUGUGACUUUUGACGAAAUGUAAACGAAUAAAAAGCUAGUCACUGAUAAGUAAUCAUUACGUUAGUCAAGUUAAUUAAUUCUUAAUCCCUGAACGGAAUUAUUUAUAGUAAAGGGAAUUAGCGUACAGAAUCGAGAAAACAGAUCUCAAGUUAAUAAAACUUCCCUACUGAUAAUUACAAAAUAAGAUAAAAUAUAAUUCAUACCGUUUUCGGGCGUUGGACCAUAAAUUAUAAAUCUUCAACGAUCUUAAUAAAGAUUAUUACACAAAAUUGUGAUAUGACACUUACGACGAUGAAUAUGUUUCGCUUGAUGACGCAUUUACUAAGUUUACCCGAAAUAUCACAUGACUAUCAUGUGACGAAAAGACAUAUUAAUAUUUUAGCAAAUCUGAAAACCCAACAGUAAGACAGUGUUCGAUGAUUCAUUAUCUGUUUAUUUAACGACGAAUUCACAACUGCAUAGUUUAUAUAGUGUCAAUAAGAGGAUGACUGUUUAUAGUGACUAUGCGAUGAAUGUGAAAGAGGUCGUGGCCUACUUUAAGACAUUACUAUAUAAUUUCCCUUGAAAAACUGAGACAAACCACCAAAAGACUCAGUCAAGAAUGCCAGUCCUUUAGAAGAGGUCGACUCCUUUAUCUCCCACGUUCAGAGCAUCAAUUAUGAAUAUCUCACCGCGACUUCCGGUGUAGACUAUUUACGUUUUACUUUAAACGCUGUGUAUACGAUAAACAAACAGUGAGCAGUGGCGUUUUAUAUGAGGUUUAAUCUUCGAAACAAAAUCAUACUUGUACUGGAAACAAGAAACACUUAAAAAGUUUAUUUUAUUUUUUAUUUUAUAAAGAAAUAUUGAAUAUUUGUUUAUAAAAAUUCUAAUAAUUUAAAAAGCGUAUAUUUACACUAUAAUACCACGUAGUAAUGCCCUUAUUUAUAAGGUAAUAGCAUCCGAGUUGGUUAAUAAAUUUCCCGCAGUUUUUGGAACUCAAACGUUCAUUACCGUGUCCACAAAAUUCCGAAACUGGAGUCUAGUCUGAGCCAGAUUAACCCAGUUAAAACCCUCCCACCCUACUUGCUUAAGGCCCAUAUCACAUUAACCACCCAUUUCGAGUAACCAUUCUUUCUUUCUGGUUUUAGAUCCAAAAAUCUGUAAGCAUUUAUCUGAUGACUAAACACUUUAUUAACACAUUCAUUUGACAACAAUAUUAUAUUAAUUUAGAAUAUGCUGAGCCCCUUAAUGCAAUUUUCACUACAGAUAUUUUAAAAAGUCGAGGAGUUUUUGACCAGCUGAAUGACUAUCAGCUUCUCAAGAAAUCUAAGAUAACAUAUACAGUAGACUGCUCAAUAACAGUGAACCAUGUACGAAGAAACUGUCUUUAUUUCAUUUUCCACAGGAUUAUUUGAAACUUAACGUAUUUCACGCCAUAAUCGAGAUACCUACAAAAACACGACCAUUUUGCAAAGACAGAUAGACAUAAACACCUGUAGAUCCAGCCAAAUUAUUUUAAUAUUUCCAUGAAUUCAUAAAAUUACGGUAGAAAUUCAACUGACAGGCAACCCUCUGUACAGUGGAAGUUUCAUGUGUGAAAAAUUAGUGUUGUUCUGUUAAAAUGGUGAUCAGAUAACUUGGAUCUCAGUGGUAAAUACCAAUGAGCUAUAAACCGGCUGUGACAUGCAGUAACAUGUCAGGACUCGAUCACCAAAGCCACGUUUCCGCGCAGUCUGAGAUAAGAAAUCAGUCUCGACACUUUUUUGAUCAGAUCUCACGUAUUGAGAUAUUCGACUAUUUGCUUCCUAAUUACUCUUCACCCUCUGGAUACAAAACUCGUCUAAAUAAUAUUUAAGAAUUCAGUCCGUACCGCGUAGAAAACACGACACUUCACCAU